AUGGCGAUCGACUAUUAGUCGCCAAAGAAGCGCGUGCUAUUGGAGGGACCUAUGGGAUUGAUGAGGCUCGAGAGCCAAUGAGACAGCGCCAAACGAGUGACCGCUCUCCAGUUAAAGGGGGCGUAAGAAGAGGUAGUGCCAGUCCACUGAGAAAGACAGACCCUCCGAGAUAAACACAGAAGAGCGAGAGAGAGAGAAAUAAACAUCCCGAUCCGAGAUGCUUCAAGAACGCACCGCGCGUUUAAACAAGACACAGUAAGCUAAUCAGUUGUUUUUUUCCGACUCGUUUUAAACGGGAAGGCGCUAAGGAAUUUAUUUCCCUUUGACUGGGAUUUUAAGUUAGAAGUUAUAGAAAAGAAGAAAAAAAUAUAGACGAUCUGAGUAAGAGCGCGUCUGAUUUUUUUUUCCGUGUGUGAGGAUUAGUAUAUAAGUUUUACCUCAUGUCGUGUUUUCAGAUCUGGAAGUUAUUACUUCCAUAGCUAACAGGCUUCUCUGUUUAUUUGGCGUUUAUCAGGGCCGUCACAGGCAAACUGGUUUAAACAAAAUUUGUAUUAAGUAAGAAAUAUGUUACUGGACGCUGGGCACCAGUUCCCUGGCUUGGGAGUGGGAACAUUUGCGAGGCAUCACGCGGCGAGCGACAUGCAGGACAGGGACUUGAGUUUAGCGCAGAACAGCUUCGUUGAUUCUGCGCACAUGGGCGCUUUUAAACUGAACCACGAUCUCUCCCCCGGACAGAGCUCUGCGUUCACCUCACAAGCCCCCGCUUAUCCCGCCGCGGCACUGGGCGCGCACGCGGCUCAUGUCACCUCGUAUGCGAGCUCGCCGUUCAACUCGACGCGGGACUUUCUUUUCCGCAGCCGAGGUUUCGGAGAAUCGCCCCCGGCGAGCGGCCAGCAUGCCAUCUUCGGCCCCACUGCGGGGUCCCUGCACCAUUCCCACGCAGACAGCCAAGGCCACAUCCUGUUCCCUGGAAUCCACGACCAGCACGCCUCUCAUGGAUCCCCAAACGUGCUCAACGGGCAAAUGCGCCUUGGACUACCGGGCGAGGUAUUCGGACGAUCAGACCAGUACCACCAGGUCUCAAGCCCUCGAACCGACCCUUAUUCAGCAGCCCAGCUCCACAACCAGUACGGCUCCAUGAAUAUGAAUAUGGGGAUGAACAUGGCAGCGCAUCACCACCAUCCCGGUGCCUUCUUUCGCUACAUGCGGCAACAGUGCAUCAAGCAAGAGCUUAUCUGCAAAUGGAUCGAUCCGGAGCAGUUGAACAACCCUAAGAAAAGUUGCAAUAAAACUUUUAGCACAAUGCACGAGCUUGUCACCCAUGUCUCAGUUGAGCACGUCGGAGGACCGGAGCAAAGCAACCACGUCUGCUUUUGGGAAGAUUGUCCGCGGGAAAGCAAACCAUUCAAAGCUAAAUACAAAUUAGUGAAUCACAUUCGCGUACACACAGGAGAGAAACCUUUCCCCUGUCCGUUCCCUGGUUGUGGCAAAGUAUUCGCACGAUCAGAGAAUUUGAAGAUUCACAAGAGAACACACACAGGGGAGAAACCAUUCCAGUGUGAGUUUGAAGGCUGCGACAGGCGCUUUGCAAACAGCAGUGACCGGAAGAAGCACAUGCACGUGCACACGUCAGACAAACCAUAUUUGUGCAAAAUGUGCGACAAAUCCUACACUCAUCCCAGUUCUCUUCGAAAGCACAUGAAGGUUCACGAAUCUUCCCCGUCAGGGUCCGACUCGUCACCGGCAGCCAGUUCUGGAUAUGAGUCGUCCACACCCCCCGGGCUGGUGUCACCCUCCACCGAGACCCAGAGCAACACUAACCUGUCGCCCUCGUCCGGCGUACACAGCUCAAACGCACACAGCGGCCUGUCGUCCAACUUCAGUGAGUGGUAUGUUUAGGACUGGAUUAGUCCACAAAGAUGUAUUUCACAUACAUACCCACAAACACACACUGAUCCAGUAAGACCUGGGGUCUAACUGAGACUUGUACAACUACUAGGCCUAAGCCUGUAUCUUGCGCUAUUCUCCCGGGAGUGAUCCUCAUCAACCGAAGAAACGUGCACAAAGAAGCACUCAUUCUCUUGUAAAUACUUUGCACCCUUUUCCCAAUUGCUGUAAUAGAUUUUGUCAGGUUUUUAUUUUUCAUUCUUUGGUGUAUAGAUGUCGCUUCAAUGGUAGCUAUUUCUCUAACCAGACUUUUAGUGCACAUAUUACGAUAAAAGUUGUACAUGGUCAUAAAUAUUGUGCUCUCAUAAUGGCAAGCUGAUUGUACCUAAAACAUCUAUUAACUGGUAUGAGUGCCAAAGUCAACACUUAACGAAGACGAACACAAUAUUUGCUUGUGAAUGUAUAUUUUUCGUUUGCUGGGCUUAACUUGUGAUGUUCUGUGCUUUGCAAGUUCAAAUUGUGAAAUAUAUUUGGAAGAUGUGAGGAAAAUACACGUCGUGCAGUUCAAUUUUCUGCUACCACACCCUUCCUUUUGUAAAUAUCGACUGCCAUAUUUAUCCAUUUGUAAUUAAAUUAUGGUAUUUACUUGCAACAGAUGAAACAAUAUUUAUAAAGAAUGUUUCUUUACUAUAAAUAUGUACAAUUACGAGCUGAACAGGGGCAGGUGUUUUGUUAUGUGUUUUUGUUCAAAAGUUCAAGAGGUGUUUUCUCCAUUAUUGUGAUAAAAAAAAUACUGCAUACAAAUAUAAUAAAAUGUGGUUCAAGUGUUAAACUGUUCAUAA